AUGACUACCUCAAUCACGGUGACACAACAACGCACUUCAUAUGUAACGGAGGCAACACUGCUUCUUCAUUUCAUCUCACCAACACUUCAAUUAUUGUUCUCAUCAAGGAAUCCGGAUCUAUAUGCUAGAAUGGGUUCCAUAUCACCUACGAGCUCACCUCAAUUCCUGGUGAUUGGAGCCGGAUCUCGGGGCAAUGCCUACGCCAGAGCGGUCGAAGCGUCAACGACUGGAACCAUUGCUGCUGUAGCCGAAAUUGAUCCAUUCAAGAGACGAGAGUUUGGCGAGAGGUACAUCUGGGGCAGGGAAGAGCAGCCUCGCUCGCACCAAUCGUUUGGAGGAUGGGAAGAGUGGGUUGAUUGGGAAACUCGACGUCGUCAAAAUGGCGGGGACGAGGCAGAAGGAUAUCUUCCUAUCACGGGCGUCUUUAUCUGUACGCUGGACGAGACGCAUGCGCCAAUCAUUCAAGCCAUCGCCCCCUUCAAUCUUCACAUCCUGUGUGAGAAGCCACUGGCUCUAUCUCUGUCAGACUGUCUAUCGAUUUCAACAGCCUUGUCCAAAUACCCGCCCAAGGUUGUCUCGAUUGGACAUGUCCUCCACUAUUCACCACAUAACAUCAAGCUUCGCAAACUGUUGACUCAUGAUCAAGUUAUUGGAGAGGUCGUUUCAAUCGAGCAUACAGAACCUGUGGGUUGGUGGCACUUCUCCCAUUCGUAUGUGCGGGGCAAUUGGCGACGUGCCACGCCUGAAGGAGUUGGUUCUCUUCUAACCAAAUCCGGGCAUGACAUUGAUUUUAUCUUGUGGCUUCUAUGUUCGCCGAGUCCUCUAGUCGGUGACAAACCUCAUCUGCCGUCUUCCAUUUCCAGCUUCGGUGCCGUUACCCACUUUCGCAAGGGCAGAAAACCAAAGGCAGCAGGCGCGGCGACGAGCAAUUGUCUGUCUUGUCCCGCCGAGCCUGAUUGUAUCUAUUCUGCCAAGAAGAUUUAUCGCGAUCGUUGGCUGCGAAACGAGAAGGACACUGGUUGGCCAUUGAAGAUUGUCGUGCCCGAGAUCGAGGAUAUUGUUCAAUCGAAUGGAUGGGAUGCAGCCGAGGAAAGGCUGAUGCAAAAACUCGGUGAGGAUUACGACAAGUCAAUCACGGAUGACAGUGCCAUUGCUAGUAGAAGCUGGUACGGCCGUUGUGUCUACGAAGCGGACAAUGAUGUCGUCGAUGACCAAACGGUGACGAUAGCAUGGGACGAGGAUCCUGUGAAUGGCCAAGAAUAUGGCCGGGGACCUAAACAUGCCCUAUUUCACAUGACUUAUCCCACCGAGGCGCAGUGCGAGCGGAGAGGCAGAGUGUACGGUUCGCUGGGGGAAGUGACAUACGACUCCCAUACCAUUACUGUUCACACAUUUGCAGACAACCAAACCAUCGUACACGAUAUUCCCAAACAGGCUCCAGAGGUGGAAAAAAGCCACGGAGGCGGCGAUUGGGGUCUAGCCGGGGCAUUUGUUCAAGCAGUGCAAAAUGUCGACAACAGUAUGAUGACUGUGGCCGAAGCACAGCGGGAGCUAGUGGGCUGCGAUUUGGCAGAGAUUAUCCUCAGUCAUGCUGUGGUGUUUGCAGCCGAAGAGGCGAGGAGGGAACGAAAGGUCAUAGAUUGGCAACAAUGGUGGAGCCAACAUGGAGUGUUACUGAUUUGA